UGCGCGCCUCGUCCCAACAAAUGCGGGUUUGCUGAUGAAGCACCGCGCCGGUUAUCCGAUCAUACAGGUCGCGCUGCAUGGAAACGAGGAAUAGGCAACCGCAGAAAACAACAGCAACAGAUAAAAAACUGUCAGUACAUGGGAAUCCGGACACCUCUCCCCUUCUUUUUUGCGUCUCGGUCGGUGGAUACGCCGCUUUGGCUGGCGUAUAAGAGCUCCCUGCGUCUCCAUUUCCAUUCCCCACUACUGGCUUACCUCUACUAGCCUACCACUACUACCACUCCUCCUCUUACUCCUUGUACUGCUAGCUAUAGUCCCGCUUUUACUACUGACUGUCUUCGCCGUAUUGUGGACUCUCUCUGGAUAAAAAGGUUCAACAUCCUCAUUAAUUAGUUACCUCACAGUACUGGUUUGGUCAACAUGGGUCGCUGGGAUCACUCCUCCCUCCUGUCCCCUGCCCUGAGGCUAGCUGUCGUCACUGUUAUUCUCCUCCUCGAGCUCCAUCCUUCAUUGGCUGGCGCUCCGCCUGAGCAGAGCUUGGGUGGCUCCGUUUCGGCGGUAUCAACUAAUAAAACUGAAUGCAGCAAAGCUGAGGCAUGCCAAAAGGGCGUGAUCCUUCCUAUUUGGGAGCCCCAAAACCCGUCAUUUGGUGACAAAGUGGCCCGGGCAACAGUUUACUUUGUGGCUCUGAUCUACAUGUUCCUGGGUGUGUCAAUCAUCGCAGACCGUUUCAUGGCAUCAAUAGAGGUCAUCACGUCACAGGAAAAGGAGAUCACCAUCAAGAAACCCAACGGGGAAACCACCACCACCACGGUUCGGAUCUGGAACGAGACUGUCUCCAAUCUCACCCUCAUGGCUCUGGGCUCUUCGGCUCCUGAGAUCCUGCUGUCCGUCAUAGAAGUCAUAGGUCAUAAGUUCCAGGCUGGCACACUGGGCCCCUCCACCAUUGUGGGCUCUGCGGCGUUCAACAUGUUUGUCAUCAUCGGGCUUUGUGUGUACGUCGUGCCCGACGGCGAGACAAGGAAGGUCAAGCAUCUCCGCGUCUUCUUUGUCACGGCCACCUGGAGUAUCUUCGCCUAUAUUUGGCUCUACCUGAUCCUGGCCGUGAUCUCGCCUGGUGUUGUGCAGGUGUGGGAGGGGCUGCUCACGUUCUUCUUCUUCCCCAUCUGUGUGUUGUUUGCCUGGGUGGCCGACCGCCGUCUGCUGUUCUACAAGUACGUGUACAAGCGCUACCGCACUGGCAAGCAGCGUGGGAUGAUCAUCGAGACCGAGGGAGACCGUCCACUUCCUUCCAAGGUGGACAUUGAGAUGGAUGGGAAGAUGCUGAACUCUCAUGGUGUUGACUUCCUGGAUGGUACACUAGGAUUGGAAAUAGAUGAGAAGGAUCUGGAUGAGGAGGAGACCCGGAGAGACAUGGCUAAGAUCCUGAAAGAGCUCAAGCAGAAACACCCUGACAAGGAGGUGGAACAACUCAUUGAGCUGGCCAACUACCAAGUCCUGAGCCAGCAGCAGAAGAGCCGCGCUUUUUAUCGAUGCCAGGCCACCCGGCUGAUGACAGGUGCUGGCAACAUCCUGAAGAAACAUGCCGCCGAUCAGGCUCGAAAGGCUGUCAGCAUGCAGGAGGUUCGCGCUGAUGCUGGUGAAAACGACCCCAUCUCUAAGAUCUUUUUUGAGCCCAGUUCUUACCAGUGCCUUGAGAACUGCGGCACAGUGGCGGUGAACGUGAUGCGACGUGGUGGCGAUUUGGGCAAAACCAUUUCUGUGGACUACCGAACAGAAGACGGCACAGCCAACGCUGGCUCGGACUACGAGUUCACUGAGGGCGUGGUGAUCUUCAAGGCUGGUGAGACAAUGAAGGAGAUCCGUGUGGGUAUCAUUGACGAUGACAUCUUUGAAGAGGAUGAAAACUUCCUGAUUCACCUUUCCAAUGUCAAGGUGUUGACAUCAGAAGGCGAGGAGCCCGAGGAAGGCGAGUCAGCUAAUCAUGUGGACUCAAUAGCGUGUCUCGGCCUACCCGCCACAGCGUCCGUUACCAUCUUUGAUGACGACCACGCCGGCAUCUUUACGUUUGAGGAGCCUGUAUUCCAUGUGAGCGAGAGUGUUGGCACCAUGGAGGUGAAGGUGCUGAGAACGUCGGGGGCUCGUGGCGUGGUCAUGUUACCGUUCAAGACAGUGGAGGGAACAGCGCGAGGUGGCGGAGAGGACUUCGAAGAUGUUCACGGCAUCCUGGAAUUUCAGAACGACGAGAUCUUGAAGACCAUAACCAUUAGGAUCUUAGACCGGGAAGAGUACAAUAAGCAGUCCUCCUUCUACGUUCUGCUUGAAACCCCCCAAUGGAGACGCAGCGAGAAGGAACGGACAGAGGAACAGCUGAAGGAAGAGAAGGAGGAAGAAGAGGCCCUGACGGGAAAGGAUGAAGAGGAUCAGCGCAUUGCUGAUAUGGGCCGUCCCAUGCUGGGAGACCACGUCAAACUGGAGAUCAUCAUAGAGGAAUCAUAUGAGUUCAAGAACACAGUGGACAAGCUGAUAAAGAAGACCAACCUGGCUCUGCUGGUAGGAACCAACAGCUGGAGAGACCAGUUCAUAGAAGCCAUCACUGUGAGCGCAGGCGAGGAUGAUGACGACGAGGAGUGCGGGGAGGAGAAGCUGCCGUCAUGUUUCGACUACGUCAUGCACUUCCUCACCGUCUUCUGGAAGGUUAUGUUCGCCUUCGUCCCGCCCACAGAGUACUGGAACGGCUGGGCCUGCUUCGUCGUCUCCAUCUGCAUGAUCGGACUGCUCACCGCCAUGAUUGGGGACCUGGCCUCUCAUUUUGGCUGCACAGUGGGCCUGAAAGACUCAGUCACAGCAGUAGUAUUUGUUGCAUUGGGAACCUCUGUACCAGAUACCUUCGCCAGUAAGGUCGCUGCUACCCAGGAUCAGUAUGCAGAUGCAUCCAUUGGUAAUGUGACAGGCUCCAACGCUGUUAAUGUUUUUCUGGGCAUUGGGGUGGCGUGGUCCAUUGCUGCCAUCUACCACAAUAGCAGGGGGGAGGAGUUCAGGGUGGAUCCUGGCACGCUGGCCUUCUCCGUCACGCUCUUCACCAUCUUUGCCUUUAUCGCCGUCGGCACGCUGAUGUACCGGCGGCGGCCAGAGAUCGGUGGAGAGCUGGGAGGGCCCCGGACAUCGAAGGUCCUGACCUCCAUGCUGUUUUUUAGCCUGUGGCUCCUCUACAUCCUCUUCUCCUCACUGGAGGCUUACUGCCACAUCCAGGGCUUCUAAGAUGACAGGAGAUGACGAAGAGAAGGGUGGGACAGAAGGAGAACAUGGAGCAAAAAACCAAGGGAAGGUGGAUGAAUGGAUGGAUUUGGAAAAUAAAGCAGUCUCAUUGAUCGAUCACUCCCUCCCUUUACACAAUAGAUUAAAUGACGGAUGAAUGGAUGGAUGUAGAGAUGAAGAAAUGGAGGACAUAUUAAAGCAUCUAAAAUCGGAACGGAAGAAAAAAACAGAUGCUUGAAAGGACGAAGGCAAACAGGAAAAUCAUAGGAAUAUGGCAGAAAAAGGAAUAAACUAAGGAAUAUUAUAUAGUUUUUUUUUUGUCUUUAUCUAUAAAUCUAAACCAAUCAAGUUGUCUUAAACCCACCCCCAUUUUAAAUAUACUAAAACUAAUCCCCAACACACACAAUUUUUCUCGGCUGGUUCCACCAUACAGAAAUGAAGAAAAUGAGUUUUAACAAAACAAGGAGUGAAAUGUUAAACUAGACAGACACACAGCUCCUAGGUUGUGUGCCAUCCCAUUUAUCCUCCUCCAGUUGGUGCAGGUCUACUCCCCCGUCCAACUACAGUAACAGGCCCGAGUGAGACAGAAAAGGACAGAAUAACUUUAUCAGUAUGUACAUGCAUGACCAGACGAUACCGAAAACACAAUCAGAAGAAACCGGAUAUAUUGCCACAACUGUUUAAUGACAACAAACUGUGUGUGUGUGUGCUGGUGUGUGACUGUGUGUUUCUGUGCUUGUGUGUUGGGGAAGAUGGUUAAGUACUGUGAAAAGAAUCGCCUCUCGUUUUGCCGUCGCUGCGUGCGAUGGUAUAAGCUUUCGUAUUUGAGAUCUUUUUGACUCCUACUCUGCCAGCCUGUAGAAAUGCUGUGUAAGACUCUUUUGCGGGAAGGCCCGUUCAAUGAAAUGAAAUGUUUUGAUCACGGAGGUUUGAAAUGUAAAUACAAAGAGCUGAACGUACAUUACAGCUCCACUAUUUUCCUUCUGAAUGUCUUGGUUACGCCAUGUGCUCCUAAAAGGGCCCUCGUUCUGUUGCUUUAUACAGUAGAUGUAAAUGAUUUAAGGUCUAAUUUGAAUCAAGAAAGGGUUUGUGUGCUUUUACCUUUAAUAAGGUCAUGUCUGAGAAGACAGAAUGGCCACUCUACCGUUUAAAACUGUUAGAGAAACUAUUAUCAUUGCAUAUAUAUCUAGGUUACUCUUAUGUGUUUUUUUAAACUGUGGAAUUCUGUUACCUGGUUUUCCACCUAUGAGAUUCCCACCAUCAUGUUUCAGUUGUAACAUUGCAAUAGACUUUGCAAACGUAGGUACCGUCCUCUGUGAAACCUCAUAGGCUGUCCGUUUCUUAACUGCCUCUGUCAUUGUUUUUCUCACUUUGAUGCCGCUUUCCCAUUGGUUCGCUCAACAGCUUGUGUCAUCAUCCCUGUGUCUCUUAAGUACCUCCCCCUGGCUGGUCAGUGGACCAAUCCAAAUCCUCAAGGGCUUUGUAAGAAACAACCACUAAUCCCUAACCCUGACCCUUGAUUUAUGAUUCUUCGCGUAGAUUGGUCUUCAGGGGGCUAUUUAACAGAGAUUUCCAUUCCGUAACAUUAUGCACCAACUGACCAGAUGUAAGGAUGCUUCUUCAGUGUGGCUUUCAAAAGAAAAAGAAGACUACAUGACCGCUUCAUUGAGUGCAGAAUUAUCAAACCAAGUAGCCAGAGUUACCCUAAUAUUGGCAAAAGCGACCUGAUGAUCCAAAGUAAUCGGUCAGACAAGGCUUCAACCUUUCUUGGACUUUUUCCCAGUUCACAGACUGCCUAUAAAUUGCAGUCAGCCUUAUUCCAAAUUCCAUCCAUGCAAUGUUCUUUCCCGGGCCGCCUCCACUCUGCUUCUUAAAUAUACUACCCUUCAGGCAAGUGGAUCAUGAAGGCCUUAACCCAAAGGAAGCAAUGAACGUCUGACUUUAUAUUGUUUCCUUAUUCAAGGGCAAGUGUUUGCUCUUGACGGAAGAACCAAAAUGUAAUCUACGUGAUUCACUGCUUCACGCCAGUCCUUGGAAAUCAACCACUGACACUUUACUUCAGCAGCCAGUUUUCAGUCUUAACAUAUGAGCCAUCAGAUCAGGAAUUGAAGUAUUUGCUGUUGUUGGAGAAGUAGUCCUACUAAUAGAUAUGGAUAAAUACUGUAGGGACAUCUUGCUUGGAGUACAUCUAAACUCAGCCAAGCAGACGCUGUUUAACAAACUCACAGAUGUUUGGAGACAAUUGUUUAUAAUAAAAAAAUGGGAUAAUGACAUUUUCUUUACACCCUAUUGAAAUGGCUUCCCCUCUAGGACCUGUAUCACAAAGUGAGUUCAGCUCAGUCAGGCUCUCUCUGGGUUACAUCAGUGAUUCUGGAUAACCAGUCUUGAGUUCAUAACCAUGACAUGUAACAUUAACAUAUCAAAAGGACCAUGUU